AUGGCCACGACCGCGUGUGCACGCGCCUGGUCGAUCGCCGAGAUCCGCGACCAGAUCCUCCUGGAGCUCCCUUUACAUGAAAUCUUACGCAAUCUCUGUGUCUGCCGAGACUGGGCCAACUCCAGCAAAAUCCUAGAAGUUGUCUUCCUCCGGCCGACGAACACUCGCAUUCAUGAGCAGUAUACCUGGCCUAACGGACUGCCGGUCUUGCCAAUUGAGCCAUACAAGAACGAUACAUUCUACCGGGGAUGGGACUCUAACCAGCGGGGCUAUCUCGAACGUGGGCUCAUCGAUGGCCAGCAAAGCGCACUAGGAAUAGAGUGGACUCUGUGCAGAGGGCCAGAGGUCUUUCAUCGUGAGAUAUCAUCAUGGCGGAGAAUGCAGGUGAUGCAACCUGCCGCGACAAUCUUAAAGUUUCAGUGUUUCGGCAUGGAGGUCGCUGAAAAUGGCAACGACCUCGCCGUACGGCCACCGGAUGAAAUCGACGAGAAUGGUACUGGCGACCGCCCGAUCAAGGUUCCUACUUUUGGCACUGUAUACGAAGUUAGUAAUCCAGGUGGCGUGACACUCGGCGAUUUGAUCGACGCUUUUCGGAGGCACUGGAAGGUGUGUCCGGACUGUGGACACUUUCCGGAUGUAUAUGAUGCUGCCGGGAAUGUCUUGAAAGUAUGGUGGUUCGACGGCAUGCGGCAUAUGCGUGUGGUAGGUCGAGAGUCCACAGGUAUUGAGAUUGCGGAAGCGAUCACCGUAGAGGAAAGGGUCUUGAGGCUCGACUGGAAGGGGUGGUUCAAGUGGAAGGAAGACGGAUUUCCGUGA